CUCCACUGCCUGAUCCUCUCUGCGCCCUCCAUCGCCUCUGUCGCUGCACGCCAAAUCUGCCGGUCAUCCGCCUAUUCAGCCGGAUAGCCAGAGAUUUCGCCAACCUCGGUGCUGCCCAGGAAUCGGCGCAUCACGUGGGGUCGAAUAAUUGAUUGGAGCGUCACAGUCCGCCCGAGAUAUAUGACCAGCGACGAUCGCCGGCCUGCCUCGCUCGACCAGCAGCAUCUGCCCUCUGCCUUCUGCCGUGCGCUGCUCCUGACCGCUCCAGCAACCACCCGCCGCCAUGCAGUACAAGUCCACCACCAAUCUGGACUACUGGCGACUCAACGUCGACAAGGACGGCCGCCAGACCUGGGUCUAUCUCGCCAGCGAAGAGGAGCGAGCCAACUGGCCCCAGACUCCCUAUGACCGGUACUGGCUCGGCAUCUACAAUGAGGCUCCAGAGCUCCCAUCUCCAUGCACACCCUUGGACAGCGCCCGCAACGGAUUCGAGUUCUACCGCCACCUCCAGACGCCGUCGGGUCACUGGGCCGGCGAGUACGGCGGGCCGAUGUUUCUGCUUCCGGGCUUUGUCAUCGUCAACUAUGUCACCGGCACUCCCUGGCUCAAGGGCCAGCGAGAAGAAAUUAUCCGCUACAUCAAGAACCGAGCUCAUCCCGACGACGGUGGUUGGGGCAUCCACAUCGAGAGCGAUUCGACCGUCUUCGGAACCGCCCUGAACUAUGUGUCGCUGCGUCUACUCGGUGUCGAUGCCGAAGAUCCCGUCUGCAUUCGAGCCCGAGCGACACUGCACAGGCUCGGCGGCGCCACCGGCAUCCCGUCGUGGGGCAAGUUCUGGCUGUCCAUCCUGAACGUUUACGACUGGGAAGGCAACAACCCUAUCCCGCCGGAGCUGUGGCUGCUGCCCUACUGGAUGCCCGUCCACCCCGGCCGCAUGUGGAUCCAUACUCGCAUGGUCUAUCUCCCGAUGGGCUAUCUCUACGGCAUCCGCUUCCGCGCCAAAGAGACCGAACUCAUCCACCAGCUUCGACAGGAGCUGUAUGUCACGCCGUACGAGGAGAUCUACUGGCCUGCGCAGAGGAACAACGUCUGUCCCGUCGACGUCUACUGUCCCCACACCAAGAUCUUUGACAUGCUCAACGUCCUUCUGAGCAUCUACGAAAAGAUUCCCAACGGCUGGCUCCGGAAGUUGGCGCUCGACCAGUCCCUCAAGCACAUCCGCGCCGAAGACAAGAACACCAAAUACUGCGAUCUCGCACCCGUCAACAAAGCCAUGAACAAGCUUGUCAUCUGGAUCGUCGAUGGUCCCGACUCUGAAUCCUUCAAGCAGCACUGCUAUCGCGACCAGGACAGCUUCUGGCUCGGCGCCGAGGGUAUCAUGUGCAACGGCACCAACGGCAGCCAGCUCUGGGACACGGCGUUCAUGGUCCAGGCCCUAGUCGAGUCCGGCCUCGCGGAGGAGAAGAGCUUCAAGCCCCACAUGGUCCGAGCGCUCGAGUACAUUGACGCCAGCCAGUUCAAGGAGGACUGCGAGGACCGCUGGGCCCUUUCCUACCGCGAAAUCUCCAAGGGCGGCUGGGGGUUCAGCAAUCGCGACCAGAGCUACCCUGUCUCGGAUUGCUGUGCCGAAGCCAUGAAGUCGACUCUCCUCCUGCAAAACAAGCUCACAUCCAUGCCCAAGCUGAUCUCGGACGAGCGCCUGUUCGACACCAUCAACGUGCUCUUCUCCAUGACAAACCCUGACGGCGGCUUUUGCAGCUACGAGCGCCGGCGCGGAUCGUACUUGCUGGAAUGGCUCAACCCAGCCGAGGUCUUUGGCAACAUCAUGAUCGAGUACUGCUAUCCCGAAUGUACCACGGCCGUGCUCCUUGGCUUGACCACCUUCCGCAAGCACUUCCCCGACCACCAAUCGGAAGAGAUCAAUGAUCUGAUCAAGCGUGCUGCUCAGUAUAUCAAGAACUCCCAGCUGCCAGACGGAAGCUGGUACGGCUCGUGGGCCAUUUGCUUCACUUAUGCCACCUGGUUUGGCAUCGAGAGUCUGAGCAGCAUUGGCGAAUCCUACGAGAACAGCGACAAUGUCAAGCGUGCCUGUGAUUUCCUGGUUUCGAAGCAGAUGAAGGACGGCGGAUGGGGCGAAAAGUACAAGUCAUGCGAGCUGCACACCUACGUCCACCACGACACCUCGCAGGUCGUGAUGACCUCGUGGGCCGUGAUGUCGCUGAUGGCAGCGCAGUAUCCGGAUGAAUCCGUCAUCCGGGCGGGCAUCAAGGUUAUCAUGUCUCGCCAGCAGCCCAACGGCGAGUGGCUUCAGGAAGGCAUCGAGGGAGUCUUCAACCACAACUGCAUGAUCUCCUACCCGAACUACAAGUUUGCCUUCACGAUCUGGGCCCUGGGCAGAUACGCUCGCCUCUAUGGCAAUCCCAAGCUCGCUUAGAACAUGCAAUCGUUGAAUGCGCUGUGUGUUGUAGUGGCUGGGACAUUGCUAUGCUGAGUGGCAGUCGGCGGGCAUUGCAUGCCUGUGGAUGAGCUGCAAUGCGGCGGUGCGAAAGUCGAGUGUGUGGCGAAUGACCAUGGCCAGCGCGCAUUGGUCUCGGCCGAAAAAAUCAUCUAUAGAUGCUCAUAAUCCGGGGUGCACCGUUUUUUACUCA